AAGACGUCAUUGAUUAGAUUGCGUAAAAAGAAAACCUACUUCGUCAGAGUGAUCAUAUCUACGACUGAAUAAUAGAAAUAAUGGCCGUCCGGAGAAUUUUAACAUCCGAUUUACUGAGGAAACUAGUUCAACCAGUUGUUUUUUCACCAUGUAGAUCCUUAGGAACGCUACCAGCAACUGAAUCUGUUGCAAGGUCAGAUUCUAGUGAUAAAAAAAGUGGAGGAAAGGUGGAGUUCAACUGGAAAGAUGCCCUCAAUCUGGAGAGCCAGCUGACAGAAGAAGAGAUCAUGGUUCGGGAUCAGUUCAGAGUUUACUGCCAAGAGAAGCUCAUGCCUAGGAUCCUAAUGGCAAAUAGAAACGGAGUGUUUGACCGAGAUAUCUUCCAUGAGCUUGGUGCUCUAGGAGUUCUUGGGCCAACCAUCAAGGGCUACGGGUGUGCUGGGGUAUCGUCUGUUGCUUAUGGGUUACUUGCCAGGGAGAUAGAGUAUGUAGAUAGCAGCUACAGGUCAGCUUUCAGCGUCCAGUCUUCGCUCGUUAUGCAUCCUAUCAAUGAGUAUGGGACAGAGGCACAGAAAGAGAAAUACCUACCAAGACUGGCUUCUGGAGAGCUAAUUGGAGCCUUUGGACUGACUGAACCCAACCAUGGCAGUGACCCAGCAGGUAUGGAGACCAAGGCAGUCUACAAUCCGUCAUCAAAGACAUACACUCUUAAUGGAGCCAAGUCAUGGAUCACCAAUUCCCCGAUCGCUGAUGUGUUUGUGGUGUGGGGCAAGAACCACGAGGAAGGUGGCAAGAUCAGAGGCUUCAUCCUAGAGAAGGGAAUGAAAGGUCUUUCUGCUCCUUACAUCGAUGGCAAGUUCUCCCUGCGUGCUUCGGCCACGGGACAGAUUGUGAUGGAAGAUGUGGAGAUCCCAGAAGAGAACAUGCUGCCUAAUGUCAAGGGCCUUGGGGGUCCGUUUGGUUGUCUGAACAAUGCGAGGUACGGCAUCGCAUGGGGCACGUUGGGUGCUGCUGAGUUCUGCCUGGAGACAGCAAGACAGUACACACUGGACAGGGUUCAGUUCGGCUCACCGUUGGCCAGGAAUCAGUUGAUGCAGAAAAAGAUGGCUGACAUGUUGACAGAGAUCUCCCUUGGACUACAAUCAUGUAUUCAGGUUGGAAGACUCAAGGAUCAAGGAAAAGCUACACCAGAUAUGAUCUCCCUGAUCAAGAGGAACUCUUGUGGUAAAUCCCUGGACAUCGCCAGGGUAGCUAGAGACAUGCUCGGUGGUAACGGCAUCUGUGAUGAGUAUCAUGUCAUCAGACAUGUCAUGAAUCUAGAGGCUGUCAAUACGUAUGAAGGCACACAUGACAUCCAUGCGCUUAUCCUUGGUCGAGCUAUCACAGGACUCCAGUCGUUCACAGCUACAGGCUAGAAGACAAGACCAUAGUAGAUGAUGGACUUACCCUUAAGCUUUAACCAAAAAGCUCUGACAAUGUUAUUGAUGUGAUCCAGCUGUGGAGAGGGGCAGGGGUUGUGAUCUUGUCCUGUCUUCCCUUCCCCUAGCCCGGGCUUGCAUGGACUGUAAUUCUAAGAAGUAGUUGUUUCGUGGUGUUCCUGCACUUUGUGUGACAUUUGCUAACUAUCUUCCUCAUGUUAUUUCUAGAGAAAGUCUUAGAUAUCUAUCAUAAUUACCAACAGGAUGUACUAAAGCUGUCCGUUAAAAAGUCCUUUGAUAUUCUGGUAUUGUCACUUUUUUCUUUCUUUUUGCACCAUAUUCUGUGAAAUUUAAUUCUUUUUUUUGCAUUUUAGGACUCAGAUUCAAUACGUGAAAAAAUGAAAACCCCCUCCCCUCCCCAAAUUUUCUUACUGUAGUGAGAGUAUGCUGUAUCAAAAUAUAAACAUGGGUGUCAACAGUAUUUGCCUACUUAGACCAUUU